AUGCUCCGGUCCACUUGGUCCACUUGGUCCACUUCCUCCAGCUGUUUGCUGAGUGCUGGUCUCUCGAGGGCUAGCUCCUGCCCUGCUUUGUCUUCCAAAAGCUCCGAGGCGGAUGAAGGUGCCGCUCCCCGCUUGUUGCUUUGGACCUCCACCGGAGACCUGCUUCGAUGCUCGGUGGAGACGGAGUCAGCAGCGGCCCUCGAAGGAAGUCGUUUGCCGGCCAAGGCCAACUUGUUGCACGCUUGGCAGCGUGAUGGAGUCUUCUAUGGCAUCUCUGCAAAGGGCGGAGCCUUGCAGCUGUGCACCUCAGCACAAUUGAAUUCCUGGAGGGCAGUGGAGCUCGGAAACCUUUGCUCGACCUUGGGCCCCAGACGUUUGACCUUGAGUGCGUUGGUCUCUGGCGGGUCUUCGGGGGCGUUUUGGAUCAUCGCCAUCGGGAGCGAGGUCUUCACUCUUCCCUUACUUCUUGGACAAGGCGAUGCAACCUUUCAAGAGGCCAAACUUCUUUUGCCUGAUGGCUUUGGAGAUGCCCGUUGUGCGCGGGGCCUCGGCACGAGCAGCUCACCUUUGGUGGCCUUGGGCAGCUCCCAGGGCCACGUCGCAUGGUGGAGCGUGGCCGACUGGAGGCUUCUGGGGAGGAUCCCUCCGGUGGAUGCGGCCGGUGUUUUGCACUUGACUCGAGUCUGGACCCGGCCCGGUGUGGAUGACCCAUUGACGCCAGAGGCCUUCAUGGUGGCUGUUCUGGACGAGUUGGGGAAGUGUCGCUUGUUGGACCUCUCCAAGGGUGAGGUUCUUUGCAAGAUACACGGGCAAAGCGGCUUGAGCUUCUGGGACCAGCCUUUCCUCUUCAUCUCCGACUCUUGGGGAGCUUGGGUAUCUGUUGCAACACGAGAUAAGGUUUGGACUUGGGAUACCACCACAGGUGCUUUCGCUCAUAGCCGAAAGCCAUCAGGCCAUGAAGAGCGGAUGAGGAAGGCCAGCAUCAAUGAGGUUUGCUGGCAGGCAGCUGAUGGUAGCGCCGUUUGGCAGAUGGGCGAGGUGAUCUUGGAUGGCCGUUGGAAGCUCCCGGUGCUGCUAUGCACACCACAACUUUUGAGGCGAGAUGCUCCUCGUGAGGGUGGAGCUUUGCGUUGCUUUCGGGACCUCACCUGGCUUCGCGGGCUGGGUGUGCACCUGGCCUCAGAACGCCCAAUGGCCGUGGGAGUGCUUGGUGUGGACGAGGGUUUGUCAUUCCCACAAGGUGACUCAUCCGCGAUUCCUUCCAUGUCCUCAGCGUUGCAGCUCAUGAUGGAGGAGCCGGAGCAAACCAUCGCACCUGAGGUCUUCCUGCCAUUGCUGGCGCAGGCACUGUUGAGUCCCGAGCUCACUCGCCAGGUGCUUCAGCGCUUUUGGCUCCCACGUUUGGCGCGUUUCCUCUCUGAGGGCCCCUUCUUGGUAGUCAACACAGCGGUGAAAGCCUUCCAGAAGCUCUUGCUAAAAGAGGAUGUCCUCACUGGAUUUGUCUCACCGCAGAGCGCUGCAGAUGCGGCGACCCUACUGUUAGCCUUGGUGGCCCAUAGCAGGCAAGCAGCCAAAGUAGAGCCUUCGCUAGCAGAAGGCUUGUUAGCACGCAUGCUGGGCAAGACGGGCAGCGGGCAGCAGGUGCAGAUUAUGGCCUGCGAAGUCUUCGCGAUCACACUCCAUUUGUGGCAAGACGACCUCAAGAAGGCUCUGCCAAAACGAGGGCAAACCUCAAAGCCUCAGGAGGACAACGAGGCCUUGGAGAGGUUGGCACUUCAGGCCUUGGCCCUCUACCAGGAGCCUCACAUGGCGGGUGCAGCGUCAGCACUGUUGCUGCAGGUCGGCAAUACUGAUGCUGCUGCUUUAUUGCAAGUGAUGAGCAAGGCAGCGGUGCGGGUGGAUAUCAGUCCUGCCUAUGCGUCCUCGGCGUUGCUGAUCCUUCAGCUCUUCGUCCAACGGGCACCCGAGAAGGUUUGUCCUCUACUUCCCCGCUUCGCAGAGGCAUUGUUGCGGUGCUUGGAGCCUUCAGACCCAACGUUGCGGCGCCACAGUCUUCUCGCGGUGACCAGCGCCCUGCAUGAGCUUGUGCAGACCUUCCCCAUGGUCGACUUUCAUCAAGACAGCCAGAAGUUUGCAGUCGGCACGGGCGACGGCGUGGUCCUGGUCUACGACCUCCGAACGGCCACGAAGUGGCGGGUCUUCGAGGGUCACAGUGGCACGGUCGCCGGCUUGGCCUUCACCGAAGACGCUGCACGGUUGGCAUCGUAUGGAAGCCAAGACUCCACCGUGCGUUUGUGGCAGACUGGAGGAGGCUUUCUUGGCCUCAUGGGUCAGAACCACCGGUGCAUCCGCCAACAUACUUUGCCACCGCUGCAUGGCACUGGAGAUUGGAGGGCUGUCUCCCUCCGGUGCUCCGAGCGGGGUGUGAAGCUGGUUCGGGAGAAUGGUGACAUGCUUCACCUUGGCCUGGGAUGA